AUGAAAAUCCCCGGGUUCAGGUCCUCGCGCCAGUACUGGAUCACAAUCCUCAGCGCAGCAAGCGUCCACGUACCGGCAUGCAUACCCAGAGAACGCCCAGUCCAUCGGCGAAAACGCCGCCAUCUCUCCCAGCGACAGGAGCGUCACCACCAGGAUGCCGCCCGUGAACAGGUACCCGAUGAACAGGGACGCGGGUCCGCCGCGCUUCAGGGCCGUCCCCUACCCGAUAAUCAGCCCCGUCCCGAUCGCCCCUGCAAUCGCCAGCAUGUUGACGUGCCGGAACUUAUAGUUUAG